UAUCCAUCAAAUCUUGGGGACUAGCUGCGACUACCUCAAAGCAGUGAGUUAGUAGCAGAUGAGCCAUGGCUAUGACAUUACUAUCAUCAUCAUCAUCAUCUCUACACUCAUCAAAAUCUUUUUUUCCCAUUCCAAAUCCAAAAUUUUCUAAAAAUUAUCCCAACUCUAAUUGUUCAUCACGUCCAUUUAUUAUCUCCACUAAACGAACCAAAGAUUUUUUAGUCCAAAGAAAAAAGAGUCAGAUUUGGAGAAUUUAUGCUUCUGCUGAUGAAGCCAGCUUAUUGCCUCCGCCGGAGACAGCGGCGCCACCGGAAGUAGUGGCGGCUAGUAAUGAUCCGACGGCGACUGUUAUAUCUACGCUUCUCUUAAUUGCAUUUGCUGUUUUGUCCAUUCUCACUAUUGGGGUAAUAUACCUAGGAGUGACUGAUUUCUUACAGAACAGGCAAAAGGAGAAGUUUGAGAAGGAUGAAGCAGCAGUUAAGAAAAAGAAGGGUGGGAAGAAGAGAAAGAUUCGGGCAAGAAAUGGUCCGAGAGGAUUUGGACAGAAAAUUAAUGAUGAUGAUGAUAUUGAUGAUUUAUGAUUAAUUUAUAAUGUUAUGUAAAACCUAUAAAUGUUGCAAUUUUGAUGAGCAAUUGUGUUUCUUUGUUGGAUUAAUUCAUUUUAAGAUCCAUCAACUGUACGGAUUUUGUUCAUUUGGUCCCUGAACUGUCAUUUGAAUUAAUAUCUCUUAAUUUUACGUUUUCA